UUAUUUUGUUUAACAUGUUUUAUUUGUAUUAUUUAUAUUUUUUGUUAUUACAACUCUUAUUUUGAAAGGUUGAAUUAGUGGAAUCCAGCAUGUUGCUAGGAAACCAAAGAAAAGGAAGACGCUGUAUGAAAGCGUACCUUUCACAAGUGGCUGUAAGGGUAAUUUAAGUUAAGAAUUUAUUGAAUUAUUUCAUUUCUACCUCGAAGGAAAGGGUCAGCCAGCGAGGUAUGUUUUUAUGUAUUUAUGUAAUUUUUAUGUCGUUAUUAUCGUUAUUGACACCGUCUCAUUUACAUUUAUUUUGUAUUUUAGUUCGACGGUGGUGGUAUGUCAGUGAGACUAAGAGAAAUUGUAAGAACAAGUUCAAAAAAUCGACAUUAAAGCUGACUAUACACCAGCAGUUUAACGAACUCUUUGUCGCCGUUAAAAACAAGAAGAGGUGGAAGUGACAGUCGAACUCGGAGCUACAUGAUUCUCGCAUCGUUUCACCGAAGAUCCGACGGUUGCAAAUGUUAACGGACACACGUUCAACGGUUGCUUCUUCAUAAAGACGUCCAGAAACCAGACAUUUAAGUUCAUGUUUGGAAAGUGACACAAGGAAGGAGUAACAACAAGGAACUGUGUGAAGCCUGACAACAACAGCGCAACAAGGUAACGAGAAGGGAAGUAAUGUAACAAAGCUCAGAGUUGAUUUACGUCAAGUUAAAAGGAGAUUUCACCAGUUAAGAAUUCUGUAACGUCUCAAGUGAAACAAAAUGUCAGAAACAAAUGACACAGGAAUAGAAGUUGCCGGUGCAGAACAAGCUGCCGAAGCAGAUCAAGUAGAUGAAACAUUUUUAGUGCAACCUGGGCAAGAAGAGCUGCGUAGAAGUGAAAGACCUCGCAUGCUAACAGGAAAAGGAAGAAAAUUCCAUAAAGAAAAACUAAAGGGGCUGCAACGUCACUUUGAAAGUACUUAUGACAGAUGGAAAGCAUUAAUUAAAGUUGCUAAAAAAUCUGUUAUUAAAGGAGAUCCAGUUGACAUUCUUGAAGGACACAUGGACAUUGUGCAAAGAGAACUAGCCGCUCUUAAUGACAUUUAUGAUCAAUACAGAGCAAUAGAUGGACCACCUCAUGAUAUACGAUCCAAGUUAGACAAAUGUAUAUCAGUGACUAAGGUAGUUUUGCAAAACAUCCAAUGCCAUGUUGAGGGAACAAAUAAGGAGGAAAUUGUUUGGCCUGAUGCCAGUUCUAUAUUUACAUCUUCAAGCUCAACUAGUGUCUCAGUUCAUAGUCAUUUUAAAGCCAGUACAGUUAACUCUAAUGGCUCUUCUGCCAAAAGACAAGAAGCUGCAGCAGAGUAUGAAGCAACAAAGGCUGUGCUUAAGAUAAUGGCUGAACAAGAGAAAUUUAGAGAAAAAAUGCAAACCAUAGAAGAAGAAGACAAACGCAUAACAGCAGAACAGGAAGCUGCUGCGAUGUCACAACGCCAUCAAGAGGAAAGAGAGGAAACAGAACGCAAGUUAAAAAGAGAAAAGGAAAAGGCGGCUGUGAUAAAGAGACAACAAGAGGAAAGUGCUGCAAGGAAAAGGUCAGUUGAGGACUUAAAAAGGGAAAUUGAAAGACUGGAAAAUCUGAAAGGACUCAAUGCAGCAAAGGCAAAAUUACAAGUUUAUGAAGAAGAUUACUUUUCAGUAAAGCAAGAAAGCAUCACUCCAAAUCCUGCAAACAUACAGGUAACUAAGUUCAAGAACACUGCUAAUCAACCCACACAACCACCACAACAGUUAAAUGUCGUUCACGAGAGCACAGGUGAGCUUGUAAGGGUUUUGGCAGAAGCUAUGUCAGCUAAUAGGCUACCGAUUCCAGAGCCCUCAGUAUUUAGUGGGGAUCCACUUAAGUUUAAACAUUGGAAGGCAUCCUUUCAGACUUUAAUAGAGAGAAAGAACAUACCCAUUGCAGAAAAGAUAUUUUUCUUACAGAAGUAUGUAGGUGGGUGUGUUAAAGAAGCCUUAGAUGGCUAUUUUCUGAUUGGCUCUGAAGAUUCCUAUAUGACAGCAUGGAAUAUUCUCAAUGAACGUUAUGGAGAGCCUUUUGUCAUUGCUAAGGCCUUUAGAGACAAGUUGCACACAUGGCCAAAGCUCCAAGGGAAAGACGGUGCAGAGUUAAGAAAGUUUGUGGAUUUCUUACAAAGCUGUCAAUCUGCAAUGAUUACCAAUGAGAAUCUGAACGUCCUUAAUGAUGGAAUAGAGAAUCAAAGACUUGCUGCUAAACUGCCAGACUGGUUGAGCAACAGAUGGAACCGAAAGGCUACAGAGUACCAGCUAGAGCACAGACAGUUCCCACGUUUCAGUUACUUUGUAACAUUCCUGUCAAUGGAGGCAAGUAUUGCAUGUAAUCCCAUUACAUCAUAUCAAGCUAUAAGACAAAGUGACUUUGACAAACCAAAGACAAAACCUCAACUUACACCCAUUCAUAAGAAGCAAGAUACAGCAAAAAUCUUCACAACUAACUCUGCAGAAAGAAGCACAAUUUCUUGUGUGUUUUGUAAAAGAGCAGGACACAGCUUACACAAAUGUCGUAAGUUCACUGAGAAACCAGUUACUGAGAGAGUCAAGUUCAUUCAAGGUGAAAAACUAUGUUUCGGCUGCUUAAAUAGUGGUCAUUUCUCCAAGAACUGCAGCAACCGGAUGACAUGCAACACAUGCUCAAAACAACAUCCCACAUGUCUGCAUGAAGAAAGACAAAGACACGAGAUAAAGAAAGAGCAACCUAAAGAACAAGAAGUAGCUGAAUGGAAGGAAACCCAGCAACAGGUAACACAGUCACAAGACACAGUUAAUGAAAGUACAUCUAACAGAGUGACUCAUGAAAGUAGAAACACACAGACAUCUGCAAUAGUACCUGUGUAUGUAUCCACGCAAAAUGAGCCAAGCAAAGAAAUACUUACCUAUGCUCUGCUGGACACACAGAGUGAUUCGUCCUUUAUUCUCAAUGAAGUAGCAAACAAUCUGGACACAGCUAAAACCCAAGUUAAACUCAAAUUAUCGACGAUGUCAUCCAAGAAAACAACUGUACCAUGUACAAAACUUGAAGCUCUGCAAAUAAGAGGAUUGUUUUCCAAAAAGAAACUCACUGUGCCAGUUGCUUACACACGUGAUUUCAUACCUGCCAAUCGUAGCCAUAUUCCUACUCCAGAUACAGCAAGGUCAUGGCCACAUUUGGAGCAUCUCACUGAACAUAUUGCUCCACCAUUAGACUGUGAUAUAGGACUUCUGUUGGGCUACAACUGCACACAAGCCUUAAUGCCCAGAGAAGUCAUAUGUGGUGAAGAAAACCAGCCUUAUGCCCAAAAAACAGAUUUGGGCUGGAGCAUCAUAAGUUACUGUGAUUCAUGUGAUGCAGGUAGUGAUGUAAUUGGAGUAAGUCAUCGCAUCACUGUAAAGCAAGUAAUACCAGAGACUGAGUCAACCACAAAGCUAAAGAAUAAAGUUCAUUACAUCUGCAAGACACAAAUAAAAGAAGUAACUGGUCCAGAUGUAAUCAAAGCACUUGAAUCAGAUUUUACAGAGAGAGCAGUGGAAGAAACAAGCAUUUCACAAGAAGAUGUCUGCUUCAUAAGAAAGCUGCAAGAAGGAAUCAAACAAAAGCAGGAUGGACACUAUGAAAUGCCCCUGCCUUUCAAAAAUGACAGACCAAAUCUUCCCAACAACAUGUCAAGCGCAAUGCAACGCUUAAACAGUCUCAAACGCAGAUUCAUAAGGGAUCAAAAGUACUACUCUGAUUAUACAAAGUUCAUGGAGGACAUUAUUGCACACGAUGAUGCAGAGAAAGUACCAGAGAAGGAACUCUGUAAUUCCCCUGCCUGGUAUAUUCCCCACCAUGGGGUAUACCAUCCUCAAAAGCCUGGUAAGAUCCGUGUAGUUUUUGACUGCUCUGCACAAUAUCAAGCUACUUCACUAAAUGAACACCUGCUUACAGGGCCUGACCUCACAAACACUUUGGUGGGAGUACUCUGUAGGUUCAGGAAGGGCUCAGUGGCUGUAAUGUGCGACGUGGAACGUAUGUUUCACCAGUUUCAUGUAACACCCCGAGACCAGGAUUAUUUACGCUUCCUAUGGUGGGAGCAUGGUGAUCUAAGUGUUCCCCUCUCAGUCUUUCGCAUGAAGGUUCACCUGUUUGGUGCAGCCUCUUCACCUGGUUGUGCCAAUUUUGGUUUAAAGCAUCUAGCUACACAAGGAGAGGGAAGAUUCUCUCCAAACACAGUGAAGUUCAUUCAAAGAAACUUUUAUGUAGAUGAUGGACUUGUAAGUGUUGCAUCUGAAGCAGAAGCAAUAAAACUAGUCAAAGAAGCAAGAGAGCUGUGUAACACAGGUAAACUAAGAUUACACAAGUUUGUAUCAAACAGUGAGAAUGUGUUAAAGUCGCUGCCCAGAGAAGAGUGUGCUGACAGUAUUAAAGAUUUGGAUCUAGCACUUGGAGAGCCACUGAUGGAAAGAGCACUUGGUGUUCAGUGGUGCAUUUCCUCCGAUGAGUUUCAAUUCAGGAUAACAGUCAAAGAGCAUCCAAUGACAAGAAGAGGGAUCCUGUGCACAGUAGCAUCAGUGUAUGAUCCACUGGGAUUUGUGGCACCCUUCAUCCUAAAAGGAAAACAAAUCCUGCAACAGUUAUGUCAAGAGAAAGUUGGAUGGGACGAGCCUCUUUCUGAUCAGCUCUACAGAGAUUGGGAAUCUUGGCUCCUAGAUCUUCAAAACUUGUCAAAGGUGAGAAUCCAAAGAUGCAUGCUACCUGAAAACACAGACAUCACUCAGUGUGAUUUACAUCAUUUUUCAGACGCUAGUAUGACAGGCUAUGGACAAUGUAGCUAUUUAAGAACAGUCACAUCCAAAGGGGAUGUUCAUUGUGCACUAGUCAUGGGGAAGGCACGUGUUACCCCAACCAAAGUCACUACUGUCCCUAGACUUGAGUUAACAGCUGCAGUAGUUGCAGCAAGAACAAGUGUAAUGCUAAAAAGUGAACUGGAGAUCAGCAAUCUUCAAGAACAUUUCUGGACAGAUUCCAAAGUGGUGUUGGGAUAUAUAAGUAAUGAUGCCAAAAGAUUUCAUGUGUUUGUGGCAAAUAGGAUUCAAAGGAUAAAGUCACUCACAGACCCACAACAGUGGCAUCAUGUACCAUCUGAGAAUAAUCCUGCAGACCACGCGUCAAGAGGACUAAGUGUUCAACAGCUACUCAAAUCUAACUGGUUUAAAGGACCAGAGUUUUUGUGGCAAAGUGAGCUACCCAUUGAAACUGACAAGGCUAUUGAAGUUAUUUCUAAUGACCCAGAGCUAAAAACAGUACAUGUGCUCAAAACGGAAGUACAAGAAAGGAGAACAAUACUUGAUCGUCUCAAUAAAUUUUCAGACUGGAGAAGAGCUGUUAAAGCUAUUGCUUGUCUAAGGAAAUUUGUGAGAGAUUUUAAAGGAGACACACAAAGCAAAGGUGAAAAAACAAGUAUAGAGGACAGACGAAAAGCAGAACUGUUCAUAAUAAAACUUGCACAAGAAAACACCUUCAGCAAAGAAAUCAAGGACUUAACACAAGGAAAGGAUAUCCAACUCAAGGAUAAAACACAUAGGCUGUAUAGCUUAAACCCAUUUGUUGAUGAGCAAGGAGUACUCAGGGUGGGAGGACGUUUAACAAGAGCAAGCCUGCACCCAUACAUCAAACAUCCUGCCAUUAUCCCCAAAUCAAGUCAUGUGUCAUCUUUACUGAUUAAACACUUCCAUGAAAAAGUGCAGCAUCAAGGAAGAGGAAUUACUGUCAACGAGCUGCGUUCCAAUGGACUGUGGAUCACAGGAUGCAGCAGUGCAGUUGCUUCACACAUCUACAAGUGCACAACCUGCAGAAAGUACAGGAGGCAUACCCAAGAUCAACAGAUGUCAGAUCUACCAGAGGACAGAAUGGAAACAACACCCCCAUUCUCUUACUGUGGUGUUGACUGUUUUGGACCUUUUUAUGUAAAAGAAGGCAGAAAGGAACUUAAAAAGUAUGGUCUUUUGUUUACAUGUAUGUGUUCCAGGGCAAUACAUGUUGAAAUGUUAGAUGACCUUACUACUGAUGCUUUUAUUAAUGCACUGCGUUGUUUUAUUUCUAUUCGUGGACAUGUAAGACAACUCAGGUGUGACCAAGGGACUAAUUUUGUUGGAGCUAAGGGAGAGUUUCUGAAUGCACUGAAGGACUGUGACAAAGAACAGUUGAAACAAUAUGGAUGUGAGUUUGUUCUGAACACCCCAUCCUCAAGCCACAUGGGAGGUGUUUGGGAGAGGCAGAUUAGAACCAUUAGAAGCGUUUUAACUGCUAUUCUGGAUAAAACUUCUAAGAGACUUGAUAGUUCUUCCCUCAGAACAUUUCUGUAUGAGGUGAUGGCUAUUGUAAAUAGCAGGCCGUUAACAGUAGAAAACCUAAGUGAUCCAAGUUCAGAGCCUCUUACACCAAAUCAUAUCCUCAUGAUGAAGUCCAGUGUUAUUCUACCUCCUCCUGGUGAAUUUGUGAGUCACGACUUGUACCUGAGAAAGAGAUGGCGCCAAGUUCAGUUUUUAGCCAAUGAAUUCUGGACAAGGUGGAAGAAAGAAUAUCUUCUUAAUCUUCAACAGAGACAAAUCUGGCAAAGAAACAAAAGGAAUGCAAAGCUGAACGACAUUGUUAUUCUUCAAGAGGACAGUUCUCCAAGGAACAAGUGGAAACUGGCAAGAGUAACAGAGGUAUAUCCAAGUGCAGAUGGAAGGAUCAGGAAGGUGAAGCUGUUGCUAAGUGACUCGACCUUGGACAAGGAUGGAAAAAGGACUGUCAAGCCAGUGUAUCUUGAUAGACCAGUUCAUAAAACUGUGCUGUUACUGGAAGCAGAGUAAAUGUUAAAAUGUAAAUAUAUUCCAAUUGUAAUAUUAUAUGUUUUAAGUAAAUCACCAUAGGUUAGUGAUUUGGUGGGAGUUUUACUGCCAUUAUUUUGUUUAACAUGUUUUAUUUGUAUUAUUUAUAUUUUUUGUUAUUACAACUCUUAUUUUGAAAGGUUGAAUUAGUGGAAUCCAGCAUGUUGCUAGGAAACCAAAGAAAAGGAAGACGCUGUAUGAAAGCGUACCUUUCACAAGUGGCUGUAAGGGUAAUUUAAGUUAAGAAUUUAUUGAAUUAUUUCAUUUCUACCUCGAAGGAAAGGGUCAGCCAGCGAGUUCGACGGUGGUGGUAUGUCAGUGAGACUAAGAGAAAUUGUAAGAA